AUGGCAGGACGUGUGGGGCUGCUGCUGGCGAUCCUGGCGGUCCACCUGGCUGAAGCUUCCGCCGCGGACGCCCCGGCAGCGUCCCCCGCCCCCGCUGCGGCGGGUAAGGACCUGCCGCCUCUGAUCAGCCACCGCCCCGGCGACGUGCGCGUGCUGCUGCUGACGGACUGCGCCAAGUACCAAGACUGGCAGACGAUCGCGGGCGCGUAUGCGUGGCGCGAGUCGGGGCAGCCGGGCGGCUUCACGCGAGUCGCCAACUGCGACGAGAAGGACCGGAAGAACUAUCCCAAAGCCAUGCUGGAUUACGUAGACACCCAUAUGGCGCCCAUGGCUGCCAUGAACAAGGAGCUGAACGACUGGUACCAGGCCUACAACAAGCCCAAGGCGGUCAGCGACUGGCUGGAGCACAACCCCCACCCCAAGGAAAAAUGGAUCCUGCUGAUCGACGCGGACAUGCUGCUGCGGCGGCCGUUUUUGCCGGAGGAGUUCAACCUGACAAAGGGCUGGGCCAUGGCGGCGCACUACGACUACAUGAAGGGCGUGCACAAUGAUUUGGCGAUGCGCCACGUUCCCGAGAUGAUCCCUCACAACGACACGCUGGCCGGCCCCCCCGGCCGGCGCGGCGACGUAGUCGGGGCGCCCUACUUCAUGAGCAUGGAGGACAUAAGGAAGGUGGCGCCCCUGUGGUAUGACUACACGGUCAAAGUCAGGAACGACUCGCUGGCCUACAAGGACUCUGGGGACACGGCGUCCCAAAAGGGCGGGCGCAUCUGGAUCGCAGAAAUGUACGGCUACACGUUUGGGGCUGCCAAGGCGGGCAUCUGGCACCGCUGGAGCGAAGACUUCAUGCUGUACCCCGGCUACACACCGCCAUUCAUCCCGCGCAACAUUCACAACGGGCUGCACUACACAGUGGGCGACUGGUCCUUUGACAAGCACUGGUACUUCGAUUUCGACGUCCACAAGUGCCCCCCCUGGGACCUCUCAGUCCCCAAGCCCAAGGAGGGCAUCUUCCCGCCGCCCCCGCACCCCAAGACCCUCAAAUCAAAGUGCGCGCCACACCUCUGCUUUUGA